UGUCAGUGUCACUGACUUGAAGGAAGGAACUGUAGUUAGUACAGAUUUACGUAACCACAAAAGUGCGAUAUAUUUUCAAAGAUUAAAACGCAAUCAUAUACUGAACAAAAUGUUGGGUCGUUUGGGAAAGAAACACGUUGAGAUCGCAGCGUCUUUCGCUACGUCGGCCGUCGGCUUUGGAGGUGCGGCUUUCACUGGUCUUCUCUACUUCACGGAUUGGAAGCUGUUCUGCGCCAACAUCCCAUUUUAUGGAGGAAAGUUUAAAGAUGACGAAGAAAAGUAAAUCUAUGUGACCCUAGUACAUUGUAUAUUUAUUUAGAUCAUGUAAUUAUAAUCUUUAAGCAAUGUU